AUGACCACAGCACCGCCACCGCAGUUGGCUUUGGCACGCAGAACUGGAGCACAGGGGAGGAAAGCAGGGCAGGUUAAUGUUAAAUACAGCGUGCUAAUUGGGGGCCAGACCCAACCAAGCUGCUGCUGCAAGUUCCACGUCUUGAGCUGCCAUCCAAGGACCCUUCGCUUUGACGGCCUGCUGGUUGCUCGCCCAUGCGCUGUGGGCCUGUCGUUGGGAGAUGUUGCCAAAGAUCCCGCAGUUCUGCUUGAAUCACUCAACAAGAACGAGCAAUCCGCCAAUGGCCAGUCCCACUCCAGGGAGUCCACAAAUCCCCAGUUCAAGAAAACGAGUGGAGACUUCCCGUCGGCCAACGGGGAGGCUGGUGGGGAGGCCCCCAAGGGCUACACUCAGGACCAGGUGGAUGCAGUGAAGAGGGUAAAGCAAUGCAAAGAUUACUAUGAAAUUCUGGGAGUAAACAGAGAAGCUUCUGAUGAGGACCUGAAAAAGGCUUACCGGAAACUCGCACUGAAAUUUCACCCAGAUAAGAACCACGCACCAGGGGCUACAGAGGCAUUUAAAGCCAUUGGUAACGCAUACGCGGUAUUGAGCAACCCGGAGAAGAGGAAGCAAUAUGACCAGUUUGGCGACGAGAAACUCAACCCUGCUCGGCAUGGACACAGUCACUCGGACUUCCACCGCGGGUUUGAGGCAGACAUCUCCCCCGAGGACCUCUUCAACAUGUUUUUUGGUGGUGGUUUUCCUUCUAGUAAUGUUCAUGUAUACAGCAACGGCAGGAUGCGAUAUACCUACCAUCAGAGGCAGGACAGACGAGAACAUCAGGGUGACGGUGGCCUUGGGUUGUUCGUCCAGCUGAUGCCUAUCCUCAUCCUGAUCAUUGUGUCUGCCCUCAGCCAGAUGAUGGUCUCCAGCCCACCCUACAGUUUGAGCCAGAGGCCGUCUGUGGGUCACGUACACAGGAGAGUGACAGAGCACUUGAAAGUCAUCUACUACGUAUCCGAGAAUUUCGCAGAUGAAUACACGGGCACGAACCUGAAAAACGUUGAAAGGAGCGUGGAGGACGACUAUAUUGCAAACCUUCGAAAUAACUGCUGGAAAGAGAAGCAGCAGAAGGAAGGCUUGUUGUACCGGGCACGCUACUUCGGAGACUCGGACCUCUACCAGCGAGCACAGAAGAUGGGCACCCCCAGCUGUAGCAGACUGUCAGACGUCCAAGCCUCUCUGCACGGAUAGUCACCGCCCGCCCGCUCGGCAGAGGUCUAAGUACGAGCUGGUGAUGCUUCCCCUGGCAGCGGAGCAGGGCACGAUAGUGCUUUUCAAACUUACUUAAAUCUCUGUUUGAGACACAGAUCUUCACGAGCCUCCCCUGGAUGCGCACACGUCACAGGGGGAAGCGCCCCCCUUCGCCGAGCGUACGCUUGUUAAUUGGGAAAUCGAUUUUGUUUAGUUUGCAUGCCGGCACCCUCGGCUCUCUCCACCACUCCCUGUUUUCUCUGGCACUGUCGGUGUUGGGUCUCUAGGAACAGAGCAAAAGCCCCGGGCGUGUUGGCAACUCAGCUGAGGUCUUGUCAACUGCGCAUUCGACGUUCGUUUACCGGCCGUGGCAGCCAGCCAGCCAGCCGCCGCGUUUUUAGUGAACCUUUUUUCGGGUCGCUUCAUUGUCUGUUUUACUGCAAAAGCUCUUAUCCCCUGGCACUUGAAGCAAUGUGGUGACAGGGAACGGACUCCUACCAAACAGAUGUUCCUUGCCCCCCCUGUUGCCUUCCCAUGACACUCGAGGAGAACAAAGCAAAUGGCCAGAGUUCACAGCGGGUUGUAGAAGUAACUCACUGCAUUAAACUGGGAAUCAAAGUAAAAACAGCUGAGGGGGAGUCUGGAAGACUCGGGGGUUGGAGAGGUUGAAUUAAGGUGAGCCUGGAUAGCACGCGGGUGUGCUGGGUCACGGGACAACUGCACGAAAACCGUGAAAACCGAUUGGGACAGAGUUUGGAGUCCUUUUUUCUGAUUCAUGAUCUGGGCUGAUUUCACCUACCGGAUUCUGCCGGCACGGCUGUAAAACAAGUCCCUCCUACCACAAAAUCAUUUGGAAACAGGGUUUCUAUAGAAAAUGAAUCGGAGGUGAAGCUUACACCGAGUGUUCGUUGUACGGGCACCGUUUAGGCUUGCAAAGACUUCUGGGGGACGUCGGACAUCUGGCUGCUUGAUUUGUAGACACAUGUAUGGAGGUUUAGCUGGGGAGUUUUUGUUUGGUUUUUAUUUUCUUUGGCAGAGGGAGCACAUCUGAAAGUUUGGCCCUUAAAGCAAAUCCUCUGGGUCGUGUUUGGCAUUUUUUUGGGUCUGUCCUGUUUUUGGAACCAUUCUUAUCUUGAUACGCCCACUCUCCUGUUUCGAUAACUGCGCCUCCUCUUUCACGAUAGACCGGCAUUAAUUACCUGCUGCUUUUCUUUAAUUCCCUCUCUGCACCCGUGGUCUGAAAAGAGAGCUGCUCUUAGGCAGAGGGCCCGCUGCGGACCGAAACCGUGCGGCUGGAAAAGCCGCCGCCUGUAACGUAGCGGGGGGAAGGAAGGGGGAGGUUCGGUGACGUGCGAUUAUCCGGAGACUGACGCCGCUACCGCUUUUGUUCCCAGACUCUUGAAAUGCCUGAAGACUUCUGGUGAAGUGCACUGAGCCGAGGUGACAGACUUGAUAUUUAAAAGAAUCAAACCUUAUGUAAAAAA